AUCAGGCAGCCUAGUAGAUCAUGUGCUUUUAUGUUGUUUCGCCCGUGUGAUAUGCGCAGCGGUCUAUGAUGUUUUGAUGUAGCGUUACUUCAAGUUACUAGCCACAGCACCCUGGUCGACUGCAUAUUAUGGCUCAAUAUCAUGGGUGGAAUGGUCCACGACGUCAUCGGUGACGGACACACCUAACUGUUGACCACCCGCAGAGAUGGCAACCGCGACAGCAGCUGGGCCGACUCUAAGUCGGGCUCUCCAAAACCACAGGCUCUUGGGGUUAACAGGCAAGCCACGACACCCGGACAAUUAAGCAGCCAGAGACCAUCACCGUCGCCAUCAUGUUCUCGUCUUGCUUUGGGUCCGGCCGGCGCCGGGGUUCAGCAGAUGAGCGGGAACCGCUCCUCCCUCAGUACAACGAUGACACGGCGCUCCAGAGGCAGCUGCAUCCGAAGCUGCAUACUUACCAGAUGCUGCGCGCUCUGUCCAAGGGUUUCAUGCCGUCUAACGAGCAGGCCAUCACCAACCUCCGCACCCUGCUUGCUUCCGACUUCCUCAACCCCGACAAUGCCCAGCUCAGCGACUCUGGCCAGGCCCUGGUACAUUACAUCAAGCAAUGGAUAAAGCAGCUCAUUGAGCUCCUGCAGCACAAGAAUGCCAAUGACCAAAUCCAAGACUUCAUCUGGUACAUGUCCCAGGCGAGGGUGUCGGUGGACAUGGAGCACAUCGCCGAGCGCGCCAGUAAGGCCAAGGCGAAAGCCGACACGGCGGCAGUCUACCGGAGUCUUCAAACAGUCGGCUCUUUGCUUCUGACUAACUCGGAUUUCCGUCUCCUUCUCGGGGAUCUCAGCGUGGUGACCCGAGAGGUCUUCAAAGACACGGCGUUUGCUCUCUCGGAAGCUUCCAAGGAGGCUGGAAAGCGUCUUGAGCCUUCCGCGGAGGAGCAGGGCUCAGUGAAGAAGCCAGGCAAUGACUCUCAGAGCCCACCUUCGCAGCAGGACUUUGCCGACCAAACCCAGGAGGUCUCUCAGGUCUUGACCGAGACAGCUUCCACAGUCGUCGAAGAGGCCGAAAGUAGCAUCAUGCAGAAGUUGGAAGGUCCGGAGAAGGACACAAUGGCCCACCGCCUGAAGGAUGUCGUGGUAAACCUCCGUCGACGGCGGGACUACUCUGAUUCGGUUUCGACCCUGUCGCUUUUGCUCAAACGCUAUGCUAUGGUUUACUCCCGUAUAGCCCAGGAUACUCUCCAGGCCGCCGAAGAAGAUGUCGACCGCAAUCCCGAGACUGACCGGGCCCUGAAGAAUUUCUGGAUCUUUCUCAGAUCAUUUGGCAAGGCGAAUGAAUGGGAUGAGCUGGAAAACAGCGUGAAGGCAGUGAUGGAGCAUGGCCGUGAGGAUCCCGACUUUGAGAACCUUGUGGGCCAGUUGGGGAACGCCCUCCAUGAGAUGUUCACAGACCCAUCCUUCUUCGACCAUGCAGAGCAACGUUUCCGGGAGUUCCGGGCGAAGUUCAAGCAACUCUCGUCUAACUCUUCUCUGCGGAACGAUAUAGACGACCUUCUGACACGGCUGCAGUCUACCGUCCACUCUGUCCUGAGGGACAAGGAUGUGACCGCUCUCAUCAAGACUUCGGCCACUAUCGCCCGCAUUCUCUCGCCAAAAGGCCACUAUACGAAUACGGAUCUCGUGGCGGACUCCAUCAACGUGUUCGUCCCACGGCUGAUCCAGUCAAUCCAGUACAUACCCAUUCCCAGGGUUGAGAUCGCCACGCCUCAGGUCGAUCUCCUGCUCGAGAAUCUCAUUCUUGAACCUGGUGUCACGGUCAAUCACACAUCCUUCUUCCCAUAUAAGCUCCGUAUUGAGACCCUCAAUGAUGUGGAGAUUCGGAAGGCGAGAUUCCGUACGGUUUCGGCCAUGAAGACUAUGGUCAGGAUUAGGAUUGAUGGGCUUUCUGUUCGAGGAGAGGAGAUCGGCUUCUGGCUCAGGGCACAUUCAGGCUUGCUACGAUUUCUAGACGAGGGCAUCGCUUCUUUUGAGCUCGACGAGAGGGGCCUGGACAUCCAGCUGGACCUCGAAAUUGGCCGGGACAGGCUUGAGAAGAUUGUCUCACUCAGGAGCGUCAGGGUCCGCAUCCACAAACUGAACUGGAAGCUGCGGAAGAGCAAGUUCAGUUUGCUGUCGUGGCUCUUCAAACCACUUCUCAAGCCAAUCAUCCGGAAGACUAUGGAGAUGAAGAUCGCCACUGCUAUCAGCGAAGCCUUGCAUGCGGCAAACCGCGAGCUGCUCUUCGCGCGCGAGAGGCUGCGGGCCACCCGCAUUGCAGACCCGGAGGACCUGAAGACCUUCUUCAAGGCAGUCCUGGCGAGACUUACACCCGCCGAGGACCCGGAUCUAUACGCUCGUGUCGGUGUCGCUCAGCCAGGGCGUGGAGUCUUUGAGAAUGUCUAUGCUCCGGGCAGUAUCGUCAAGUUGUGGAGGGACGAGGCCACACAGGCUCCGCAGAGGAUUCGGGAAAAUGAAAGGGAUGGUUGGCGUAACAGCAUAUUCGAUGUCCACGCAACCAUGCUAACCUGACACGUAAUAUGCGUACAUGCAUAUCCUGUGUAAACGCCCAACUCUAGGGCUUUGGAGAACUGUCUGGGGAAACCACAGGGAGGCCUCGUAAUAUCGGUGGAAGGGCCGAGGGACAUACCAGUUUGACAUGGAUAUUUGGCGGACAAUGGUCGCCGGAUCCUUUAUGUGUGCGUAUAUGAUAACGUAUUCUCAUGAGCACUUGAACCGACAGCGUGUACUACUCCUUUUCCCCUCUUGCAGAGCCCACGGGAUAUGAUCAGAACGGGAGCCUCUGGCUCGUACAGGAUAUGACAUCAUCCGGCCAAUUGAGGACUGCAG